AUGGAACCAAGCAAGCCAACUAUGUCUGAUGCUACAUUUGCAUUCACUACCCAGCUAUACAGGAAUGAAGCAAAGGCUUUACAAACGCAGCUCCAGUUUAAUAGAAAUGUUCCCGCAGUUCCAGAGAACUUGGCACUCAGAUUCUCUAACCCCCGUCCAAUUAUAAUAGAAAAACUGAAGGCAUGCAAUGAUCAGAGAAAUCUAACUGAAAGUGAGGACCCCAGCGUAAGAAGCUCUGGCAUGUUUUCAGUGAUAUCUGAAGAGAGACUAAAACUGGCUAUUCAUCUAGCCAAAAGGGACAUAAAACGAAGACAUCUUGAAGAGCAAGUGAAACAGCAAGUGUUUGGAGAUGCUGUCAAUAAACCAUUGUUGGCCCAGAAGUCACAACAGCAGAAGACUAAAAGUCCAGAAAAUAAAAAUACACUGAAGUCUCAAACUCGCUUGCAAUAUCAGCAGAAGCUCUGUCAGCCUUCCAAAAUGGAGACUACUACCUCUGGUGCUAAAGUUUGUCUCUACACACCAAGUAAGGGAAAGCUAAUACCAGCUGUUUUGGACUCUCCACCCACCCAUGACACAGGACUGGACCCCAAGCCAAAUGUAAACAAAAGAGAAGAUAAAAAUAUGCAGGAAGUCAGACGUCUGCAAAAGGAAUUGAGGAGCUAUGUCCAGAAAAUUGAAGAACUGACUAAAAAAGGGAGAGAGAGAGAAAUUUUAGAUCCUGAUAAAGAGCAACAAGUUUACACUAGGAGACAGAAACAAGCUGCACGGUCAGCUCGGAUGCUGUAUGUACUCCAGCAACAGGUGAAAGAAAUUCAGGAUGAUUUAGAGAAACUGAGUCCUCAUAAAAUCAAACAUACUAAAAAGUCUCGAGCAGUAUCCAGAUUGGCGGCAGCACACAGAGCAGCUGUACGAGCCUUGCAGGCAUUUGCCAAUCAGUUUACAGAUCAAACAGAGCAGCAGAUUCCUACGCACUACAAGGAACUCGGCAACCUCAUUCGACAGCUGUCUCUCUGUUCCGCUAAACUAGAAGUGGAUUCUUCCAUUUCUGACAUUAUCAUAGAUAUUUUGCUGCAAGUUGAGGAUCUGGAUUCACUGCUGGAGAAGAAACAAACACCCAAAAAAGUGAAGAAAUGUAUUUCAGCAUUUCGGGGCAAAUCUCCAAGGAGCAUUGAGACAUUUCCAGCCAGAAAGCAGCUUACAUCUCCAAAAGGAGAAAACAAACCUCUCAUCUUAAAGGGACCGCAUGGGCAAGAACCUAGAAGACCUCUAGCUGUCAGAAGUCUCUUGACUG